UCACGUGGACGUAUAAAUACUAAUCUUCUUUACAAUCCCUAAUCACCAAAACCCUUUCGGAGCAGAUCGCUCGAAAAACUAAACAGUAUCCGAUCGUCAUCAUCUCCAGAGCAGUCGCCAUGGUCAAGUCUAAGAAAGAAUCCGUUAAAAAAGUCGAAGCAGCACCUGUCUCAACGACGAAGCCAUCGAAGAAAAGUAAGAGAGAUGCGGAAGUUGAUCUAGACAUCAAAAAGAAGCAGAAGAAAGAGAAAGAGUUGGUUCAAGCUGAGAAAAAGGCACCACCACCAAAGAAGGUAGAGACCAGCAGUAGUAGUUCUGAUUCUGAGGAUGAAGUCAGGACUAAGAAAGCCAUUGCCAAGAAACCUCUAUCUAAGAAGGAUGACUCAUCUUCAUCUUCGGAUGAGGAGGCUGUCACUGUGAAGAAGAAGCCAGCAACCCUUAAGAAAGCCAAGGCAGAGAGCAGCUCAUCUGACGAUUCUUCUUCUUCUUCAGACGAGGAAGCCGCCCCUCCGAAGAAGCAACCAGCAGUUGUUACGAAAGCCAAAGCAGAGAGCAGCUCAUCUGAGGAUGAUGAAUCUUCUUCAGACGAGGAGGUCGUCCCUGCUAAGAAGCAGCCAGCAGUUGUUAAGAAAGCCAAGGUAGAGAGCAGCUCAUCUGAGGAUGAAUCUUCUUCAGACGAGGAACCAGCAGUUGUUAAGAAAGACAGCUCAUCCGAAGAAGAAUCUUCUUCAGACGAGGAAUCCGUCCCUGCGAAGAAGCAACCGACGACUACUCUAAAGGCUGCCAAGGCAGAGAGCAGUUCAUCAUCGGAGGAUGAAUCUUCUUCUGACGAGGAAUCUGCCCCUCCAAAGAAGCAACCAACAGUUGUCAAGAGUGUCAAGCCAGCUGCAAAAGAUUCAUCAUCCUCAGAGGAUGAAGACUCAGAAGAUGAGAAGAAAAAGGAACCUGCCACAAAGAAGCUUCCAGCUGCUGCUAAAACCAAAUCAGACUCAUCAGAGGAAGAUUCUGAUGAUGAGGAAAGUGAUGAUGAGAAACCUCCUACAAAGAAGGUAUUUAUUUAUUUUUUAUUAUUUUUAGUCACACAAGUGUCAGGAAAUAGAGGGAAACUGGUUUGCCUUGUUAUGCAGGCUAAAGUUUCUCCAACAAAAACUUCUAAACAAGAAAGCAGCAGUGGCGAAUCUAGUGAGGAGGAGAGUGAAGAUGAGAAAGUAGCUCCAAAGAAAAAGGAUACUGAUGUUGAAAUGGCAGAGGCAGAGCAGAAAUCAGAGGCAAAACAACCGAAGACGCCAACUACUCAGAGACCAACCACUCAGGCUCGAGGAGGAUCAACUACACUAUUUGCUGGAAAUCUUCCCUUUCAAAUUGAGAAAUCUGACGUAGAGAAUUUCUUCAAAGAAGUUGGUGGAAUCGUCGAUGUCAGAUUUGCUUCACAUCCAGAUGGCCGUCUUAAAGGAUACGGGCAUUUUGAGUUUGCUUCUGCAGAAGCAGCUCUGAAGGCAUUGAAACUGAUGAAUGGUAAACCAUUACUAGGCCGCACUAUUAGGCUAUCUGAUGCUAACGCCAAGCCUGCUCCACGAAGCAGCAAUGCUGAUGGCAACUUCCAGAGCAACCGCAAAGGAGAAGGAAGCCAAGUUAAAACGAUUUUUGUUUCAAAAUUCGAUAAGUCUGUGGCUGAACGUGAUAUGAUAUGUGCGUUGAGAGAGCAUUUUAGUGAUUGUGGAGAGAUCACAAGGAUUUCUUUACCUUGUGAUCAAGAGACUGGUGCUACCAGGGGGAUGGCUUAUCUAGAUUUUAUCAACGAGGAUGGAUUCAACAAGGCAUUGGAACUAAACGGAAGUGAACUGGGAGGAUGGAACAUAUUGGUGCUCGAGGGUAAACCAAGAGGAUGGAAUUCUGAUGGAAAUAAUGAUGGUGAUCGUUUCACAGCUACUAGGCCCGGUCGUCGCCCCCCUGGAAGAGGCAUUCCUGGUCGUAGCCGCCCUGGAAGAGCUCCUCCUGGUCGUGGUGACCGUAGAACACCCAGCAAACCAAGUGUAUUUGCUUCAGCAGAAGGGAAGAAGAUCGUCUUUGAUGAUUAGUGAAAAAGCUUGGCUCUUCUUUUAUUCUAGUAUCUUUCAGCCCUUUUUUUGCCUAGUUUAUGAGAAAAACUCUAAAGCUUAUAUGAUGAUUUGGUUACUCUUGGAUUUAGUUUUGUUUUUGUUUGCUUAAAGUUUUGCUGGUGUGACAUUUUUACUUUGGUAGAAACUUUUAAUGAAUUGCUUAAACUCA